AUGUCAUCGGUGCAUUCAGACGAUGACCAGGAGGAGAUCAACGUGGACUCUGACAGCCGACUCUCGGGGCACUGCGACCGAAGUAUCGCUUCGGAAGACAGAGAUUCCGAACACAGCUACCACGAGAGGUUCCGUGAUUCGCCAAACGACCACAUGACAGAGACCCAGCCUAGAGUCAAUCUGCCGUUCAGUAUAUCCCGGCUGCUGGGGAAGCAGUUCGAAGAUAUAGAUAAGCGAAGGAAUUCCGGCGAGAGUGAUGACAGAAGUGACCAGGACACUGAAUCGGAAAGUGCCAAAGACGACGCUAAAGACAGUUCUAGUUUGGCAUUGAAUUUCUCACACGCACCGGGCCUCUAUCAUAACUCCGGACUCUUGUUAAGGCCGGGCUUGGGUUUGGGUGGUGGGUAUGGAUUUUCUAGUAAUCCCGGUGUUGUGAGAGUUCCGGCUCAUAGAGCGUUGGGUGCGCUUGGGGCUUGGGGUGUUGCGUUAGACCCCAUGAGACAGGCGGCCGCGGCUGCUUUUGCUCACCAGGUCGUCAAAGAUAGAUUAAACGCAACAUUCCCGAUCACGAGACGAAUCGGCCAUCCUUAUCAGAACCGGACCCCGCCGAAACGUAAGAAGCCAAGAACCUCAUUCACGCGACUCCAAAUAGCCGAACUGGAGAAGAGAUUCCACAAACAGAAGUACCUUGCCUCCGCGGAACGCGCCUCAUUAGCGAAGACUUUGAAAAUGACAGAUGCUCAAGUUAAGACUUGGUUCCAGAACCGAAGGACGAAAUGGAGACGUCAAACGGCUGAAGAACGGGAAGCAGAAAGGCAGGCCGCUAACCGUCUGAUGCUCUCCCUGCAAGCCGAGGCCUUGAGCAAAGGCUACAUCCCCGAACCACCCCCAUCAGCCGGUCUCUCGGCUCUACAUUAUCAAACGCAAAACAACGCGGCCUCACAACCGAACAAUACAGCAUUGAGCGCGUUACAGAACCUGCAACCUUGGGCCGGGAAUCAAGGAAGCUUCAUGAAUGCCCAGACAACCAAUCCCCCACCACCGCACCCGCCGCCCGUUGCUUCUCCUAUUUGUUGA